CGCAUGGCCUGAGUUAAGUGUUCAAGGGUCGCUACUUUGCACGGGAUGGUUUAUUAUUACACUUGGACAUUUUUCAUGUUAUGCAGAGAUGUCAUAACCCUAAUGUUUAGGAAGAAAUAUCCUGUUUCAUAAGAUCACAACCAUGGGUGAAAGUAGGAAAUGGCUGGCUUUUAUGGUUUGUGUAUGGACAUUUGGGAGCUAUUACUUAUGCUCAGUUUUUGCCAAUCCCAGCCUAUGGGGAAAGAAGGUGGACUUUGUUGGUGUGGGUUCAUGUCACUGGGAGCUGAAUAAAACGUUCUCUAUGCCGCCUUUAAAGGAACUAAGCGUGUGUGUUGACCUCAUGCGAUGGAUUCCCAGCGCAUCCUGGACUGCUUUUGUGUACAAUAAGCCAGGAGGACACAAAAUCGAACUUGGUUUGGCUGGAACAGGGGGCAAUUUAAAAGCCUGGCUUUUUGGAGAGGAAUGGAUGAUUGCACAUUUCUUGCCCCUUCUAAGCUGGCACACAGUUUGCCUGACAUGGUCAAAUCACAAUAGAACAUUCCAGAUGAUUAUUAAUGGCACAGUUUAUUUAAAUGUGCAAGUAAACGAAUCAAUGCCCAGUAGCCUGGCUCCGAGUGGCACUCUGACUUUGGGGGCGUCUCACAGAAUUAUUGGUGGAGUUAUGGUUUUUGAAACGGGCACAAAUUACAUUGGGGAAAUGACCCUGUUCCGUAUGUGGGGAUUGGUUCUGACAUCACAACAGCUUACUGAUUUGAAGUGUAUUAGUGGAAACGUUGUAACCUGGAGCAUGAAUAACUGGGAAUAUCACAGUUGCCCACCAGAAACCGACCACAAGCUGAAGUGUGAGUGUCCAAAGUAUAUGAUAAAUAUGAAAGUAUUCCUUACACAAAAGAUCAAUUACAAUUUAAAUGGCAGUAUGAUCAAGGAAAUCACAGAACAGUGGCUGCAGAGCAUUUUCCCUCAGAAUGUUUCUCUGAAUUAUGUGUUGAUAUCACAUCUACGCCAAACACAGGGCAAAGAGACACGACUCAGUGAAAAAAACAAUACUGAAAUCCAGGAGGGUAAUAUUGUGUUAUAUAAAACAGAAUGGUUCAGCAGCCUGGUAUAUGUGACAGUAAAUCCUGCAGGUGCUGUAGAUGAGACUCAGGCUCUGCUGUGGAAACUGUUAGCACCCACCUACAUCCACAGUGAUCACAUCAUCCUACAGACUGAUCUGGCUUCUAUGUACAUCCAUCCUCGAGUAACAAACUCUGAAGGCUCCAUGAACUCUACAGAAUCAGGUUUUAUAGACACUUUUUAUAGAGUUCAUAUGAACCUUACAAUGAAUGGUGUUGUGUGGGACCCAGCUGAAACCAUUCUACUCUGGCUCCAGCAAACAUUAGGAGGAAGCCACAAAAUGAAAACUUUCAAUUUCAAGCUAACCAGUAUUCCUAAAAAAAAUGGAAUGAGUAAAUAUUUGCCAUACUUCAGGUAUAGUUGCACCUUCCAGGUCCAGGCCUCUUCUUCAGUGAAUGUCACUGAAAAUGGAUUAAUUAUUUUUGACCUCUUAACAAAAGGAUUUGCCAAUAGUUCUCUCACAAUUAAUGUCCCAACUGAUGAGAUCAGCAUUUUACACAUAGAGCCUGGGUUCUGUCCAGAGGAAACCACUUUAACAGUUUAUGGCCAUUACAUAUGGUCCUCCACUCCAGCGCAGGACAUCUGUGAGAUGAAGUGUGAGAAGGGACAUGAUGUUGCUGUUAGACUUUGUAAACUAGAUGACAGUACAAAUGCAGCAAAAUGGGAUUCACCAGACUUGUCCAAAUGUGAGAAAGUUCUGACUGACAUUAAUGACUUAGAAAAUGUCACAGUUACAGAAAACAAUUCAGCUGAAAUUGUUGCUAUGAUUGAGAAUUUGCUGCAGAACCAGACAGAUUUGAGUACAUCUGAGAUGAACACUGUGUUGCAAAAACUGUCUGAUGUCACACAUGUUGGUACCAUGAACACUCAGCUGGCCAACAACAUUAUAAGCGUGGUGUCAGAUCUCUUUGUUUGCACACCUUUUCUUGCUGAAGCCACAAAUGAAAUUCUCUCAAUUACUGACCAAGUUGGAAACAGGGUGGAUUUCUCUGGAGACUAUCAUAACACCACAGUUCCAUCACUGGCACUGCAGCUAAUCAAUCAAGAUCCAUUGCUUUUUCAAGGACUCACAUUUGGAGUGUCCUCUUUUCAGACAGGACAUUCUCCUGAGAUAUUUCUUACCCAGUCCUUUGUUGAGCAGUCUGACAGUGGCACUGUGGCAUCAAUAUCUGUACCUGUUGCCCUGGAGACGUUCUUCCCCCAGAGUAUCAGAAGUCGUGUUCAGUUUCAUUUUUAUGGCAGUGAAAAUCUAUUUCAGGACCAUAAUAGUAGCCUGGUGAUGAAUUCCUAUGUGAUUUCUGCUAGUGUAACUAACACUAGUGUGACUGCCUUGAGGGACCCAAUUGUAAUCACUCUCCUUCAUCUACAGCCCAAAGAGGACCAUGAAACAGUUCAAUGUGUCUACUGGAACUUAGAAAUGAACUAUGGAAAAGGAGGUUGGGAUGAUAGUGGAUGCCAGGUUAAAUAUAGCAAUGCCACUCAUACAUCAUGCCACUGUUUUCACCUCACACACUUUGGAGUGCUGUUGGAUAUAUCCAAAACCCCCAUAAACCCCAAAGAUGACAUGAUUCUCACAAUCAUUACGUACCUGGGCUGUGGCUUGUCUUCGAUCUUUCUAGGCAUCACUUUGCUGACUUAUAUGGCCUUCGAGAAGCUGCGGCGAGAUUACCCAUCAAAGAUCCUUAUCAACCUUUCAGGGGCCUUGCUUGGGCUCAACAUGCUUUUUCUCGUUAAUUCCUGGCUUGCUUCAUUUAACAACUAUAAUCUUUGUAUUGCUUUGGCUGCCAUUCUUCACUACUUCUUUCUGGCCACAUUUACUUGGAUGGGAUUAGAGGCGAUCAACAUGUACCUGGCAUUUGUGAAAGUCUUUAAUGUCUAUGUCCCAUCCUACAUCCUUAAAUUUUGUGCUCUUGGAUGGGGUUUACCUUUGAUAAUUGUCAGUGUGGUGCUUGCAGUGGAUAAAGACUGCUAUGGUAGCACACAUUCUCUAACACCGGUUGAAGAUUUCUCAUCUUUCUGCUGGUUACAGAAUGACAUAGCAUUCUAUCUGACAGUGGUGUCAUUUGUGGUGCUGAUCCUGAUCUGCAACAUUUGCGUGUUCAUUGUGGUACUGGUGCAGAUACGAGGCAUGCAGCUCAGUGCAGCUGCAGGCCACUGCAGUAGAAUGCUGCAUGAAAUGCGGGUGGUUGUCAGUCUCACUUUUCUUCUGGGUUUCACAUGGAUGCUGGCUUUCUUUACCUGGGGCCCAAUGCGAGUCAUUUUUCUUUAUCUCUUCUCAAUCCUCAAUACUCUUCAAGGCUUUUUUAUAUUUCUGUUCCACUGCCUCAUGAAAGAAAAUGUGCGUAAGCAAUGGAGAAUUCACCUCUGCUGUGGAAGAUUUAAACUCAGUGGCCACUCAGAUUGGAGUGGUUCAGGGACACUGGGUGGGAAAGCUAAGGGUGUAAAAUUGGCUCACACUCAAUCUGAAACCACAAGUGAACGCAAAAUUUCCAGCAGCAGCCAGAAAGAUGAAAACUAGAGACAAGAGACAGCAUCAUUUACUGCUCCGUGUCUUGGAUGCUGCACGAUGCAAUUUGAUCCAAUAUGUUUCUAUUUCUAUAAUAUAUGUAAUCCUGUUAUUAAAACUGUUAAUGCAAUUUCUUUACCCUCACUUUUAUAAUGCAGUUUUUUUGCAUCAACCUGUGAAAUGCUUGCAAUGUAAUUAUUCAAUUAGAGUUUUUCUCAGUUGCUUUGGAGCAUUUCUCGAAUCAUCCUUAAUAUUUGCAAACCAGUAAAUGCAUUCUUAAAACAAUUUGUACAAAGAGCACAACACAUUGGAUUUCUUGCAAAAGCCGGUACUUUUCUCGAAAUCUCUCAAAAGUAUUUUUGUCAAUGAACUUGUCAUUCCCAUCAGAAUAAAAAGCCCCUUUGAUAUUUUUCACAAAAAUCAUCAAAAUGUUUAGUCAUGUUGGCAGUAUGACGGUGCACAGUUUCAGGACUUCCUGCUGUAUGGUAUAUAUGAAUUUCAGCAGCACAAAUUCAUUUAUUUGAAUGCAUAAUUGAUUUCUAUUUAUUGCAGGAUUCACACUUUACAUUUUACACUUCACACUGUAGUGUUCGUUCAUUUCUUAGUUGUUCAUCCAUUUUCAGAAAUUGUAAUUCUUUUGUUCACGAGAUUCACC